ACGCAUUGGAGAGAGAAAGAAAAUGCAGCCCCCCUACAAGAACAACACACCAAAUGCUGCUUUUCCGUGACACCACACAGCUCAUGCUCUACGUAACUAUGCUCGUUUUAGGAACGGCAACUGAAUAGACUCGACCUAGAGCGCAAGGACGUCCUUCUCGCGGCAACAGACGGUAGAAUCCUGCUACCAGCUGAACAGAUAUUCCGCUAACGGUAGAAGCUCCACCUACCUCUCCGCUCUCCCCUCCCCUGCCGCUCUGUACCCAGCAGCAGCAGCAGCAGCAGCAGCAGCAGUAGCAGCAGCAGCAGCAGUAGCAGCAGCAGCAGCAGCAGCAGUAGCAGCAGCAGCAGCAGAAGCAGCAGCAGAAGCAGAAGCAGCAGAAGCAGAAGCAGCAGCAGCAGCAGCAGCAGAAGCAGAAGCAGCAGCAAGACGAUAUGGCGACCGCGCCACUGCCUCCUUGUAUUCCUCUCCCCUCGUCAGCACCAGGGCUCCUCUCGCCUGACUUGCCGCCGGAUUUGGCGGAGGGAAUGACGGCGGAGGAGGAGGCGCUGCUGCAAAUCGACCAUCGCGACGCGAUAAUCGAGCUCACGCGGGAAGCUGACGUGGACAAGGCUCUGGAGUCGUUCGUCCACCGCAGCGCGGUCGAAGCCGCCAAUCUACUGUCACAACGCGCUGCCGCCAAAGCCGCCGCCAAAUCCGCCGCCGCCAACGAGAGCGGUGCGGCGAAGGAGGGUGGGGUCGUUGGCGUGGCGGCGAGUUCCUUUGAGGGAGGGAAGGAGGAGGAGGAGACGGAGAAGGAGAAGGUAAAGGAGGACGAGUGGCCAUUGCUUCGGCAGCGCAAGGGACUGCAGGGGCUGCAGAUUUCCGUGCCGCCGCCGCCACAGGAUACUGCUGCUGCCACUGCAGCCACCGUGCUUCACGCUAGCACUGCUAAUGCUGCUGCUGGUGCCGCUGGCGCUGCUGCGGGUGAGGACUCGGAGGGGUCGCUGCUGAGAGACGUGCCGUGCUAUGUGCACUUCGCCAGCCACCGAGUAGCCGCAGCAGUGCGGCUGACGCCAGGCGCCAUUGACUUCGGCAUCCCGCCCUUCGCCAUCCGCCGCUGCAACUUCGUCGACCUGCAGCGCCUGCAGGAGCGCCCCGUGCUGGUCGCCACCACUCCCAGGGCCAAGUGCAAGACGCCCCGUGCCGGCUCCUCUGCUGCUGCUGCUGCCUCCGCCAUUGCUGCUGCUGUGAAAAGGGGGGCUAGAGGGGACAAAGAGGACAAAGCCAGCAUGGCAGGUGCAGUUACUGGUACAGAUGCAGGUGCAGCAGAGAGUGGGGAGAGCCCGGACCCACAGUCGCACUCAGAGCGGCUGUCACGCCACUCGGCCGCCGCUGCCCCCCUUGUGGUCACUCCGCGGUUCCCCACCUUGCUUUCUCCUGGUGUUUCCCCCCGGGGGUUUCACCCCCCCUCUGGUGCUGGCCCCUCCUCUGCUGCUGCUGCUGGCGCUACUGCUGCUCGUGCUGCCAUGGGCGUGGAGCGGGCAGAGGGGGAGAGUGAGAGGGGGUUGGGUGGUGGGGUGGAUUCAAGGCAGGAGGGGGAAGUGGUGGAGGGGAAGGGGGAUGCCAAGGGAGGUAGGGAAGGAGAGGAAGGAGAGGAAGGAGAGGAGAGAAAACGCAACCAGGAAGUGGAAGCGAAAGUGGGAGGGGAAAAGGAAGUCGAAACGGAAGGGGCCUCUGCAGUGACUGGGGAGCAAGGUGUGGUCAAGGCAGACGAGGCAGCAGCAGCAGCAGUAGCUACAGUAGUACCAGCAGCUGGGGCAGCGGGAGCAGGUGUGGCGGUGGGGGGGAAAGAUGCAGCGAGUGUGGAGUUGGGGCUGGAGACCUGGGAGGUGGUGCUGAGGGAGGAGGGCGAGGCGGAGGCAGCAGCAGCACAUGGGGCGCAUACGGAUGGUGGUGGCGGUGGUGGGGGGGGGGAGAGACUGCAGCACACAUGGAGGUUCCAAUUCGAGACGUCUGUCGCUGGGUACGAUGCGAUGCGGGCGGUGAUCGACGGGUGGCUGGGGGAGGACCAGCCGCAGGCAGCAGCAGCCGCAGCAGCAGCCGAGGAAGCUGAGCAGGCGGACAUUCGAGCCGAGCUGCUGGAUGCACGGGCAGGGAGGGACUGCAAGGCAACAGCUGCAGCUGCUGCUGGUGCUGGUGCUGCCAGCGCCACUGGUUUCUCCUCCUCCUGGGCCUUCCCCUGGAUUCACUACUACGUUCCUGCCUCUGCCUCUGCCUCUGCCUCUGACUCUCUCCCCAACAAUAGUGGUGCAACUACAACUGCAACCACAACCACAACCGCAACCACAACCACACACACAUCCACAGCCAGCAGCAGCAGCGCCACUGCUGCUCCUGCUGCCACCUCACCCACUGCCCCCUUUGCCGCUCUCAUCUCUAACCUGUCCUCUGCAUUCCGCACUCUUGUAGCACACCCUCUCCCUCCCCCACACACACUCUCUCUCUCACACACUCACACGCUCUCUCUCCCUCACACUCACACACACAGCCAGCCAGAGCACGAGCAAGAGCAGUCCAAACCAGCACAGGAGCACACUCCAGGAGAGGAAGCAGGGAGCUCUGGAGAAGGGGGCCCGAAGGUGGCAGGACACUUGACAAGCUCGCUCGGCAUCAGCGGUGGCAGCAGUGGCAUGGGCAGCAGUGGCACCGGCAGCAGUGGCAUGGGCAGCGGUGGUGGCGGUCGAAAAUCCCUAGACAGCACGGGCAGCAGGAGCAGCAGUGGCAGGCGCAAGUCCCUGGACAGCAGCUGCAUGGUAUCAGAGCCGGGCCUGCCGCAGUCCCUGGCUCGCCCCCGCACCACCCUUCUGAGGCGCGCCACCAGCGCCACCAGCGCCAUGCUGCGCCGCCACCAUGCAGCGCUUGAGGCAGCGGCACCAGGCGGUCCCAAGGCGGCAGCAGCUGCAGCCGGUGCUGCUAAGCAUGCAGCUCCUGGAGUUGCGGGUGGCAACGGCAACCAGUCUGCAGAGCCACGCAGAGACGGGCUCAGGCUGGAGGGCACUAUAGGAGGAGAGGAGGUGAAGGGAAGAGAGGGCACAGCAGCAACGGAGGCGGGGGGGCAGGCAGGCGAGGGGAAGGCGGGGGAGGGGAGGGACGGGAUGCGUAGGGAAGCUAGGGAGGGCGUGCCUAGUGGCGGAGGGAAUUGUGGUGAGGGUGCAGGUGGUGGUGCUGCUAGUAGAGGCGAAGCUCAAGCGGUGUAGGUGCUAUGGUAAUUGGGGCAUGUGGGCAGAUGGAUGGAUCAUGGAUGGAAGGGAGGAUGGAACGACAGGAAGGACCAUCUAGUCCACCAUAUCUCUGUCGUCUGUUGACCAUGUACCGGUAUGUAUGUAUGUACUUCCUAUUUAAGCCACAUUUCCUAGUGGACCUUACAGGUUACUGCUGUAGCUUUGGUUUCAUGUUUCGGGUUCUCUGUUGUGUCAUGUCAUGUCUUAGUCUGUAUACAAGCCUUGCUGUGCUAGCUAUAUCCAUCCA